AUGGAGGAUUGCAAACGACAUCAUUCGGCGAAGGAAGAUUCUCCUGAAGUACUUCCUUCAUUGACCAAAGUUAUUACUGUGCAUGAAGUGGCUGGUUUCGAUGCUGAUGUCCACGUCAAUUUCUUCCGAGGCUUCAGGUUCUCAUUGGCAUGGUGGGCUUACACUUUCACUAUGACUGGAGCUGCCGUUGCCAAUAUCAGAUACUCGGUCGUGGUUAACAACGUAGUAACCAAAAGUUUAACCGUCAUCCUUUGUGCUGUGGCUACCCUUACAGUUUCAUCAGUGCUCGUAACAACUAUUAUUCAUGCCUUCGUACUCGGUGAUCUAUUCCCAAAUGACAUACCUGUUGCAAUUAGUGAUACGAGGCCUAAAACAUCCCGGAAAUGGUUUCACAAAAGAAAUGCCAGCUCGGAUAACAGAAAUGGAGAAAAGUUCCUCAAAUGCUCGAAUUGUGAUGGUAAAGAUAUUGAGGCUUCUGUGUUGAAAGAUGUCCAGAACAAUCACCCUGGCAAGAUUCGAGAUAUGUUAAUUCUUCCUGUCGUUCAAGACGUGUUCCAUGGUCCAGUGCUUAGUGAGGCCAUUGCUAGUGGAAAAUUUCCCAAUGAUUCAGACCUUCCACCUAAGAAUCCUAGAAUCAAUGUGCAUAAGGAUAAAAGAUUUGACUCUUUCAAAACAUGGUCCAGAAAACUUGAGGGGCAAAUAACAAAUUUGUGUGGAAAGCGUAGGGAAACUGAGCUAGACCUUGAGCCUCAGCGGCCUACAGAAAUUGAGAUUUUACUAGCAAACCGAUACUUUGAUGCAUUGGAGGGGCCGAAAUUGGAUAUCCUGCGGCCAAGCCAUAAUGUGGAAAGCCCUGGUAACUUCUUCUUCUACAAGGUUUCUCCCCGUAACCCUCGACAUAAAUCUGGUCCUGUGGUGUGCAUUUCUCGCUCUCAUGCUGCACCAAUCUCUUUGGUACAUUCUUAUGGCCCCGUCUUUUGCCUCGAGCUUAAGAUCUAUGGGCAGUGGAUGUCGGGAGGAAAACGAAGGCUUUCUAAGGUAGCCAAUCCCUCGAAUCAUCUCCCAAUUGUUGGGAACUUUGUUGGAGCAUUGCUUGGUGCAGCCAUGGAGCUAAAAGAAGGGCCUAUUUUUUUCUUUGCUGUUGGAUUGGCUCAUUACACUCUUAUUUCCUUGUUCCUUUAUUUCUCCCUGGAUGUCCGCAUUAAUUUCUUCCGAGGCUUCAGGUUCUCAUUGGCAUGGUGGGCUUACACUUUCCCUGUGACUGGAGCUGCCGUUGCCAAUAUCAGAUACUCGGUCGUGGUUAACAACGUAGUAACCAAAAGUUUAACCGUCAUCCUCUGUGCUGUGGCUACCCUUACAGUUUCAUCAGUGCUCGUAACAACUAUUAUUCAUGCCUUCGUACUCGGUGAUCUAUUCCCAAAUGACAUACCUGUUGCAAUUAGUGAGACGAGGCCUAAAACAUCCCGGAAAUGGUUUCACAAAAGAAAUGCCAGCUCGGAUAACAGAAAUGGAGAAAAGUUCCUCAAAUGCUCGAAUUGUGAUUGUAAAGAUAUUGAGGCUUCUGUGUUGAAAGAUGUCCAGAACAAUCACCCUGGCAAGAUUCGAGAUAUGUUAAUUCUUCCUGUCGUUCAAGUUCAAUAA